AUGAAACACGACGUGCGCUGGAAUGACCGCGCACACGAGGAGAGUGAAGUUCUGAUCCCCAAUCCGGCUCAGCCCGGGCUAAACUUCGCACCGAGCCUUGAGAACCACAAUUGUAGUCAAGCGAGACCGAGAAAAGGACAGCCCAAUUCCAUGAGUCUAGGGAUCUAUCUAAGCAUCACCCUCGCCGGGGUUUACGUCAUCACGAGUAUGAUUUAUUACUUUACUAUUCGCUAUAGCAAAUUGAAUUAUAUCUACAGCGGCGUAUCCCUCGUGACGAUGACCGAGGCGGUGAAGAUGGCGAUAUCCAUCGCCCUGAAGUAUUGCGUCGACGGCGAAUUCAUCCCCAUCCGUCUUCUGUUCUCGAAUGACAAGGUCGAGCUAUGGAAGCGGGGCCUGCCGUACGCCGUCCCGGCCUUUCUCUACGCCGUGUACAACAACAUGACCUUCAACAAUUUGGAUAACUUCGACCUCGCCACCUACCAGGUGUUUAUGCAGACGCGGAUUUGGUUUACCGGGAUUAUGUUCACCCUGAUAUUGGGCCGCGCGCUGAGCCUGCGAAAGUGGAUGGCGCUGAUCUUUCUAGCCUGCGGGGUCGCCCUAAAGUACUUUUCCCCCACCACGAUCGAAAUGGGAAGCUGGGUGUGCAUCGUAAUCGUUCAGGCCUUCAUCUCUUCCUUUUCCGGGGUCUACAAUGAGUACAUGUUCAAAAGCGACCCGGGGUUUUCGAUCCACAUGCAGAACUUUUUUAUGUACCUUUACGGCAUUCUCUUCAAUUUCAUCUUCGGCGUCCUAUCGGUGCCGGAUUUUUACCACGAAGUCCUCAUUGGCAUUGGCCAGACGCGAAUUUUUAUUUUAUUGGUGCUCAUCGGCGCAACGACGGGGAUUUCCGCGUCGUUUAUUCUGAAAUUUAUCGACGUCAUCGUGAAGGCCCUCGCGUCCGCCGUCGAGGUCCCGCUGACGGCGAUCCUGGCGGCGGUUCUGCUAGGGGAAUCGCUUUAUAAGCAGGACAUCUUGGCCGCGAUUAUUGUGAUGUUUGCCAUAUAUAUGUACUAUACGAAAGGGAUCGGGGAUUCAAGAUUAAUCCACUUCACCUUUCGACGACACAAACGAUUAAAUACAGGAAGUCAAGAGAUGGAAAAGGUCUAA